AUGUCGAGCAAUAGUUCAACAGCACCAGAGACACGGCCCUCAGCGGCCCAUGUCUCUGGACAAUCCAACACACCCAUGUCUCGCCCAGCGCACAGCAUGAGCAGCGAGGAAACGCUCAAGCAGCUUCGCGCAGACCCGUUGUCGGGCCUGUCGUCGCACGAGGCUGCGCAGCGACUGACCAGCGCCGGCCGCAACGAGCUGGAGCAGAAAAAGGGCGUGCAGCCCGUCAAAAUAUUCAUCGAGCAGAUAUUCAACGCCAUGACCUUGGUGCUGCUGCUCGCCCUUGCCGCCAGUUUCGGCAUCCGCGCGUGGAUCGAGGGUGGUAUCCUGGGCGGCAUCAUCCUCCUCAACAUCUUCAUCGGCUACGUCCAGACGCUCCAGGCCGAGCGCACCAUUGCCUCGCUGGGCACGCUGGGCACGCCGACCUGCAGCGUGUUUCGCGACGGCGCCACCGUCACCGUGCAGACCGCGGAGGUGGUGCCGGGCGAUGUGGUCCAUCUCAGCACGGGCGAUGCCGUGCCGGCGGAUAUGCGGCUGUUGGACGCCGUCCACCUCGAGGUCGACGAGGCCCUCUUGACGGGCGAAGCCGCGCCCGUGUCCAAGAUGCCCGCCCUCGUCCUGGACGAGGACACUGGCCCCGGUGAUCGCCUCAAUGUCGUCUUCAGCUCCACCACGGUCACAAAAGGUCGUGGGCGCGGCGUCGUCUUUGCGACUGGAAUGGGUACGGAAAUCGGCCUCAUUGCAAGCGCUUUGCAGGGUCACGGCAGGCCUACCCAAGACGCGGGCGCUGCAGAUGCCCCGUUCAAGAGAGUCUGGAGAGGUACCGUGGCGGCCUUGGGCGAAUUUCUUGGCCUGACGGUGGGCACUCCUUUGCAGAGAAAGCUUGCGCAGCUGUUUCUCGGGCUUUUGGCCUUUGCCAUUGUCUGUGCCGUUAUUGUUCUCGGCGCAAACGAGUUCAAUACGCAGACUGAUGUCAUUCUCUAUGCCGUCACCACAGCCAUCGGGACCAUUCCGGUCUCUCUUCUUCUGGUACUCACAGUGACAAUGGCGGCCGGAACCAAAAAGAUGCUGCAACGCCAUGUCAUUGUACGAAACUUGCAAAGUCUCGAGGCUCUUGGUGGAGUUACUAAUGUCUGCUCUGAUAAGACUGGCACCAUCACCCAGGGCCGCAUGGUUGUGCGCAAAGCUUGGUUACCAGGCUGUGGUACAUACUCGGUCGAAACCGGCAAUGACGUGUACAAUCCAACAGUGGGCCAAGUAUCGUUGACAACGACUGAACCGAAGCACAUGACUCAAACGGAGGAGAAGCGCACAUCCGUGACGACAAUCAUCCCAACCGAACACGUCACCCAAACACCUGCUCUUCAGUGGUACCUCAACAUUGCGUCGCUAGCAAACCUUGCCACUCUCGAGCAGGGCGGUGAUGCCGACGAGAAGGAGUCUGGUGAAUGGAAGGCCCGUGGCGCACCGACGGAGAUUGCGAUCGAAGUGUUCGCGUCACGGUUCGGCUGGAACCGGAUUCUACUUUCAGAGGGCUCGUCUGCCAAGUGGAACCACGUUGCCGAGUUUCCCUUUGAUUCCGAUGUUAAGAAGAUGUCCGUCGUGUUUCGCGAUACAGAAUCGAAGCAGACGCACGUCUUCACCAAGGGUGCCGUCGAGCGUGUGCUGGAGAUUUGCACCAGAAUCGCUUACAACAACGACAUGCAGCCGCUGACCGACGAGGCCAAGGACAACAUCCUGGCCAACAUGGAAGCGCUCGCCAGCCAGGGUCUGCGCGUCCUCGCCCUGGCCCACAAGAUCAACGACAUCAGCAUAACCGAAGCCGACGUUGCCCGUGGCGCAAGCUUGCCACCGCGCGCUACCGUCGAGCACGGCCUCGUGUUUCGCGGGCUGGUCGGCAUCUACGACCCGCCGCGCCCCGAGUCGGCGCCGAGCGUGCGGGCCUUUCACGGGGCCGGAAUCGCCGUGCACAUGCUGACCGGCGACCACCCAGAGACGGCGCGCGCCAUUGCCCAAGACGUCGGCAUCCUGCCGCCUGAAAAGGAGCUGCACGCGCUAGCUGCCGAUGUGGCCGCCUCGCUGUUGAUGACGGCGCAGCGCUUCGACGCGCUCUCUGACGAGCAGAUGGACGCGCUCCCGCAGCUGCCGCUCGUGGUGGCACGGUGCGCGCCGAGCACCAAGGUGCGCAUGAUUGAGGCACUGCACCGCCGCGGGCGGUACGUGGCCAUGACAGGUGACGGCGUUAAUGACAGCCCGAGCCUGAAGCGCGCCGACAUUGGCAUCGCGAUGGGCACCGGCUCCGACGUCGCCAAGGAGUCGUCGGAUAUUGUCCUCACGGAUGACAACUUUGCGUCCAUUCUCAACGCCAUCGAGGAGGGACGCCGCAUCUUUGACAACAUCCAAAAGUUCAUCCUGCACGUUUUGGCCGCCAAUAUUGGAUUCGUCAUCUCGCUGCUCGUCGGCCUCUCGUUCAAGGAUCGGCAGGGUGUGUCGGUUUUUCUUCUGUCGCCGGUUGAAAUCCUCUGGAUGCUUCUCGGUACCGCCGCCUUCUCGGAAACCGGCCUCGGCUUUGAAAAGGCGGUCCCUGAUAUCUUGAACCGCCCUCCACACAACCUCCAAUACGGCGUCUUUACCCCCGAAUUCGUGCUCGACAUGGUCGUCUACGGUCUGAUCAUGGCAGGCUGCGUGCUCGGCUCCUUUACCACGAUCCUAUUCGGCUUCGACAACGGCAACCUCGGCGUCGACUGCAACAGGAGCUUCUCUCCCGCGUGCGACCAAGUGUUUCGUGCGCGCGCCACCUGCUACGCCACGAUGACGUGGAUAUUCUUGCUCUUUUCCUGGGAACUUAUUGAUUUUCGCCGAUCCUUGUUCUACAUGCCCAGCGGCAUGCGCGCAUGGGCAGCGCACCUCUGGAGCAACAAGUUCCUGUUCUUCUCGGUGACGAUCGUCUUCGCCGUCGUCUUCCCGACAAUCUACAUCCCAGGACUGAAUCACGUCGUGUUUUUGCAUACUGGCAUCACAUGGGAGUGGGCAGUCGUGUUCGUCUCGGUCGGUGUGUGGAUGGCGGGGACCGAGUCUUGGAAGUGGAUGAAGCGAGCCUACUUCCGACGCGCAACACCCAAGACACAGACUGCUCCAGGAGUGAGUGUGGUGUAG